GAGAAUAUUAAACAUACGGGCAUGCCGUGCAAGUAAAGAUUGGCCCGUCUUCCCGUGCAAGGGGUGUCGAAAAGCCGUUGUUCAAUCCUGCCCCAAAAUCCAGAACCCAUCAUCAUCAUUCAUCAGAUGCUGAAAGCCCCUGAUUCUCCAAAUCACCACUCCACAAUGCAUCCACUCAAUUCCAAACCAUCUUCUCUAUCCGAUGUUUCAGAUGGCGCCGCCGAACACCGCCUUCGUGAGGCGGAGGAGCGUCUGAAGGAAGCCAUUGAAGAGCUCCAUCGUCGUCAGUUGAGUUGCGCUGCCGCAGCUCCUGGACCUCACCACCCUCCGUGCGACCAUCCUGAGGAGUCUUGUGUUGCUCACGCUAUUGGUAAUCUCUGUCAAAGCUUCUUACUUUCUUAUGGCGUUCGUGUUGGUGUUGGCAUCCUAUUACGCGCUUUCAAGCUUGCUCGUGGUCGUUCUUUCUCCUCUCUUCUUGAUCUCAAGCAACUUGUCUCAGAGAAGGAUCUGAUUGUUAGAGAGGAAGCUUGUCGUGUUGGGUUGUUGUUUGGUGGAUUUACUGGCUCUUAUCAUGCCCUAAGAUGUUUACUUCGGAAAUUGAGGAGAAGGGAGACUCCUGUCAAUGUAAUCUUAGCAGGCUCUGUUGCAGGCUUGUCAAUCUUAGCAUUAGAUGAUACCAAUCGAAGACGCACUCUAGCGUUGUAUCUUUUGGCUAGGCUAUCUCAGUGUGCUUAUAAUUCUGCUAAAGGCAAGAACAAAUUUCACUUUUGGGGAAGUCACUGGCAACACGGGGAUUCUUUACUUUUUGCUUUGUCAUCUGCUCAGGUUAUGUAUUCUUUCAUAAUGCGUCCAGAGAGCUUACCAAAAUCUUAUGAAGAAUUCAUUCAGAAAACUGGGCCAGUGGCAGCACCUGUAUACAAGGCUGUCAGAGACUGUUGUAGAGGCAGCCCAGUGGAUGUGACAUCAUUAUCAGUAUACUUGUCUAGUAGAGGGGUGAAGAAUGUGGUGCCCUUGGAAGAGUUCCCUUCCAUAAUUCCCUGCUCCAUUAUUCAUCCAAAUACCCAAUCAUGUUUAACUCACAAUGUUAAUGCUGCAUCAGCUACUUUCAGGAAAACAUUUCCUCUUUACUUCUCAUUGACCUUUGUACCUUUCGUGGUUCUACAUCUACAAAAGUUCAUGGAUACGCCAGCUCAAACAUGUUGGCGUGCUGUGAAGGAUGCUGUUCGUUCGACAACAUUCUUAUCAGCAUUUGUCGGGAUAUUUCAGAGUGUCAUUUGUUUGCACAGAAAAGUGGCAUUACAUGAUCAUAAGCUUGUAUAUUGGAUCUCGGGUGGACUUGCUGCUCUUUCUGUAUUGCUGGAAAAGAAAAGCAAGCGGAGUGAACUUGCUUUAUAUGUUCUUCCCCGUGCUGGAGAUUCUUUAUGGAACAUAUUGAUAAAUCGAAAUUUGCUGCCCCAUAUAAAGAAUGCCGAGGUGGCUUUAUUUUGUGCGUGUAUGGGUGGAUUGAUGUAUUAUUUAGAGCAUGAGCCAGACACGAUGGCUCCAUUUUUGCGUGGUUUAAUACGUCGCUUUCUGGCAAGUCGAAUUAGUAAUCCGAGCCCUCCUCCAAACCGUAAUGCUUCUUAUACUUAUCUGCAAUCUUUCGAGGCCAUGGAAAAGCCAAGAUUGAAAGAGGAUGAAGAAGCUACUCAGACACCUUCCGCAAAGUAUAAUCUAGAGUCUAUAUCAGGGCUCUGAUGAACUCAACUAAUAGACUAACUUGCCCAUUGAUUUUUCAACAUUGAGCAGCCAUUCAAGCGAAGCAUCUGUUUGGUUUAACCUAAGGCAUAUUUGGUGUUUGCAGUCACGAAAUUUCGUUCGAUUUCCGUUAAAAUAUCCAUGCUGGUGGUGACUUUAGCGAUGUUUGUCCGUCCACCAACUGAUCUUUCUGUUUAUAAAUCUUUAUCAUCAUUCACCAUUUAUCAUCCGUUACACCUUCAGAGACGGUGUAAUUUGUAACGGAAACUUCUGGAAAGAAAUCGGUGAUGUAUCAUUACCAUGAAGAUUAGCAUCGUACAUUCUUUACAACAUCACAAAAUCGAAGUGUUCAUCAAGUUUAUUUCAAUUUGUUACUAUUAGAGGUGUUCAUCUGGCCAAUUUUUCUCGUUCUUUCUAAUCUUGAUUCUAGUGCUUAAGGUUAGAUGGGUCUGUAAUAAUCUGUAUACUAGGAGGAGAUUUUCUUCUACAUAUGUGCAUUAACAAAACAUUUUCAUCAAAUUUUCUGAUGGAACACUUGCAAGUUAUUUAUUUGAGUACACAUUGAAUAUUUAAUCUAA